UUUUUCUCCCGUUCUUUGGGUUUGUAGUUGUACAGUGUCUCGCAUGUAUUGCUCCCGGUUGCUUUUUUUUAAUUAAAGGCUUAAGUUAUUUAUAGAUUUAGAUUUAAUUUAGCUAUCAUGGCAUUAGACAAGAGAUUCUUAGGCUAUGCUUCAGGCAUAUUCAUUUGCUACUUUUAUUUUGGUAUUCUCCAGGAAAGAAUAACACGAGGGAAGUAUGGAGAGGGUGAAACACAAGAGAAGUUUACCUACACCUUAGCCCUAGUGUUUGUGCAGUGUGUUGUAAAUUUCGCAUACGCAAAAAUCAUGCUGUCUACUGUGAUGAAGCAGGGAGAAGAUAAAACAAGCAGAAUGUAUUAUGCUUCAUCUGCUCUCACUUAUUUACUCGCCAUGGUGUGCAGUAACAUGGCUCUGCAAUGGGUCAAUUACCCAACCCAGGUGGUUGGAAAGUCAUGCAAGCCCAUUCCCGUUAUGAUUCUAGGAGUUUUAUUUGGGAACAAAUCAUAUCCUAUGGCCAAAUACUUAUUUAUUCUCACUGUAGUUCUAGGUGUGGCCAUGUUCAUGUACAAAGACAAGCCUGUAACUGCCAAGCAAGAGAUAGAUACAGGGAUUGGUAUAGGUGAAAUAUUGCUGAUUUUGUCCCUUAUCAUGGACGGACUUACGGGCGCCAUUCAGGAGCGAAUGAAGACUGAAUAUCAGUCAAAGUCUGGCCAUAUGAUGCUUUACAUGAACUUGUGGUCUGUUGGAUACUUGGCUUUUGCUCUUUUGGUUACCGGUGAAUUAUUUGACUUUGUUGGAUUCAUCAGUCGUCAUCCUUUUGUCUUGUGGGAUUUGACUACUUUUUCGAUUGCAAGCGCACUCGGACAGUUCUUCAUCUUUCGAAUGAUUGCCGAUUAUGGUGCGUUACCGUGCUCAAUAGUGACGACAACGAGAAAAUUCUUUACUGUCAUGGCUUCUGUCAUUUAUUUUGGCAAUCAGCUAUCUGGUAGACAAUGGAUUGGAGCGACCUUGGUGUUUGCGGGUUUAACGAUGGACUCUGUUUACGGUAAAAAGAAGGCGCCCAAAAAGUCCUGACUUUCCCUUGUUUAGGCGGUUUACACAAUAGCAAAAAUAUUUUUGUUGGGUUGUGAUUAUUGUUUUGUUUCAUGUUUUGCGGCUAAUAAACAACGUAAUACAACA